AUGGACGUCAACCGCACGCCUGACGGUGAGCAAGUGCUGCGGCUCUGCUUUCAGUCCGCCAAUCGCGGCAAGCAACUCCACGCCACGUUGGUCGCCCCCGACGGCUCAGGCAUCGCAACCAUCGAUAUCGAAGGGUCCAAGUCGUUGCGAUCCUCAGUCGGGGAAGGGAUCAAGGCUCUGGCUCAGGGACGCAACUUGGGUGAUGAGGACGCCCCUUACCCUUCGAUCCUUGUGAGCGCGGUAGGCCAGGAGUUCGGGUCAUUCGUCGGAGGGACCAGGCAGUCGGGAAGUGGAGCUGCCGACUCCGGGAAGUGGAGCCGCAAGGACGGCACCGGCGGGGCUGUGCUCCUUGAGCCCGAGCUCGACCCGGUUUGCAGUUGUUUCGGCGGCGGCUGCGCCGUCUACCGCUCCCCCCCUGAAGUCUCCCGGGAGGAGAGCGUGCUGGGCAAGAAAGAGAUCCCGAUGGUGGUGGCCUUUGUCGCGGCGCCAUCCGGUGCCAAGCCGGUCGCGGACAAAACGCCAAAUUACACAUACAUCAUGCUCCACUAA